GAGUGUGGGGGGCCAAGAUGCAGUGACAGUUCCUUUCCCCGAGGGAUGUGGAAACAGACUUGGAGAGGAGCCACGCUGCGUCCACAGGGCUGGAGACCCAAGUGAAGAGAAUUGCCCCGUGGCUGCAGUGUCAAACUCCCUCCCCCGAGGCUCGGCAUAGCCUGGGGCUCUCUGGGUUUGCCACUUUCCCUAGUGCUGGGAUCAUUUCUUUCAGGCUAUAGCUUGGUUCUACUCUGAGCUUGUCUUCAGAUGGUCACGACUGAUUAAAUAUCCUUGUCAUACAUUUGUCAAGCUUUCCUCCUUUCCAAGGAUGAGAGAAGUCUUUUCUUCCAAAGAUAAAGCUGGUUUUUUUAAUCCUCAUCAGAGGAACCUCAGAGAAGCAGGGAAGGAAGGCAGAGUUUGCGCGGCUGCUCUGGGUGGCAGUCAUGAAUUGGCAUUUGAACGUGACUUGCACAUCUGGAUGGCUCUCCAGUGACCACUCAGCCGCAUCCGGGAGCCCAGCGGGCCGGGGCCUUCGUGAGGGCCUUCCUGAAGCGCAGCACGCCCCGCAUGAGCCAGCAGGCCCGCGAGGACCAGCUGCAGCGCAAGGCCGUGGUUCUGGAGUACUGCACUCGCCGCAAGCGGAAGGAGAGGAAGAGGAAGUCCAGAGGCCUCUCUGCCAGGCAGAGGAGGGCGCUGCGGCUCUUUGACAUCAAACCAGAGCAGCAGAGGUAUAGUCUUUUUCUCCCUCUCCAUGAACUCUGGAAACAGUACAUCCGGGACCUGUGCAAUGGUCUCAAGCCAGACACGCAGCCACAGCUGAUUCAGGCCAAGCUGUUGAAGGCAGAUCUUCACGGCGCCAUUGUUUCUGUCACCAAAUCCAAGUGCCCCUCCUAUGUGGGUGUCACAGGAAUCCUUCUACAGGAGACAAAGCACGUUUUCAAAAUCAUCACCAAAGAAGACCGCCUGAAAGUUAUCCCCAAGCUAAACUGUGUGUUCACUGUGGAAAUCGACGGCUUCAUUUCCUACAUUUACGGGAGCAAAUUCCAGCUUCGAUCAAGUGAGCGGUCUGCGAAGAAGUUCAAAGCGAAGGGGACGGUUGACCUGUGAGCACCUGCUGCCAAAGGCGCUGGUGUGUGACCCGAACAGCCGCCUUUCAGGGAAGAGACGCUCAGGCCCGUUCUGCUGGUCGAGCACCUCCAGCCAAUUAAAAGCUGCGAGAAGGACCCUUGACUGGGGAGAAACGCGCUGUGCUGAGUGAGGACGUGGGGAGCAGCGGGCAGAUGUCCCCGGCGCUGAGCCCGUGUGCCUCCCGUGAGAGGAGGGGCUGGCAGAGAACACCGGCAUUCACACGGGUUGACUUGAACAGUGGGGUGGUUUGGUUUUUAGUUCUUCUUCCUACUUUUCUGUGUUGUCUGAAUGCCCUGUGCUAAAUCAGUUGUUUGUGUCAUAAUAAAAUACACAUGGGGGCGUAAA